AUGGGUCUCUUCUCAUCUAACAGACCGGCACCCCAAACCGUCCCGAGUGAUUGCAUCAUCCCACUAUCUUUCUGGGACGACCAAGACUAUGCCCGAGGAAUGAGUUUAGACAUUACUCUCACAUUCAACGAUGUGCUCGAUCCUGUGAAGCUACGAACUUCUCUCAAGUAUUUACUUGAGAAGAAAGGAUGGGAGAAAUUCGGCGCAAGACUAAGGAAGAACGGUAAAAAAUUAGAAUACCAUAUUCCAGAGCAAUUCGAUGAGACGCGCCCUGCCUGUCUGUUUACCACAGACAAGCAUGACAUGACUCUAUCAGAGCAUCCUCAACUGAGAGCGUUUGCUUUCGGAAAACUUGAGAAACCGACCUUGCUCGGACCUUUCGAUUCUUUGCGCCCAUAUCUUCGUGGUGCUAGGGCGCCGGAACGUCUUGAUGAUUGGCUCUAUUCUGACGCCCCUCAACUGGCGGUCCACGUAGUUGUGCUCAAAGAUGUGACCUUUGUGACAAUAACGUUUAUACAUUUACUCAUGGAUGCUAUGGGCUUCACAGCUUUGUUGAAAGGCUGGUCCGCGGUUCUACGCGGUCGAGAAGACCAGAUCCCUCCAAUUGUGGAUGCCGGCGAGGAUCCCCUCACAACUAUCCAUCAGACGACCCCCGCGUCCAAGUACGUGCUCGCGGAUCGCCUGCUGAAAGGCUGGGGGUUUUUUGUGUUUGUGCUACAGUACAUAUUUGAACUACUCUGGUGGCGUAAAGAUGAAGAGCGAUUUAUCUUUGUUCCAGGAAAAUACCUGAAAGAGUUACGCGAUUCCGCGCUUGUCGAACUGAAUGAAAGCCCCUCGCAAGCUGCUGAAACUUCAUUCAUUAGCGAAAGUGACGUUCUUCUCUCAUGGUGGACCCGUAUCUUCAUCAAGGCUCUUAACCCAUCGCCUAAUAAACCAAUCACUAUCCUGAAUGUAUUUGACAUUCGUGGCGUGCUUGCAGAAAUAGGCCUUCUUCCUUCACCAGAUACAGCAUUGAUUGCCAACGUCACUUGGCCUACUGUUAUCUUGGCCACUGCUGGGGAAAUUGUCAGCAAGCCUAUAAGCUAUCUAGCCUCGCGCAUUCGACACGCAAUCAACACCCAUCGUACCCCGGAACAAGUGCAAGCCAUUGCAGCCGGUCAGAGAGAAGCCAAAGAAAAGACUGGCCAACCCGCCAUAUAUGGGGAUGUAGGAGCUUUUCUUUUCGCCUGUUCAAAUUGGCACAGGGGGAAACUCUUUCAAAUUGACUUCUCUCCAGCAGUAGUGAAAGCAAAUCCCUCUCAAUCUGAGCGGGCGAACCUGCCAGGCAGGCCUUUGCUUGUUUUUGUCACCGGGAAAUUCGUUGGGUUUUCUCCUCGCAACUCGCUUGCUGUUAUGGGUAAAGAUGCCGAUGGCAAUUGGUGGAUGAAGAAUGUCUUGAGAACUAGUCUGUGGAGUGCUGUUAAGGAGCAGUUGUAG